CCUAUGCUCACUCGGCCUAGCAAGUGUCGCACCAUCUGCGACUUGCCAGUAGAACUCCUGGACAUGAUUAUAUCUUACCUGGAGUCCGACGACUGGGGUGUGGUCGUGCUCGCUUGCGUGCCGAUACCUCCGUUCCGUAUCGAUCGACCGUUACUUCUCCAAAUCCCUCGUCGCUCGGCACCUUCACAAUUUCGACCACCUUUUCUCAUUCCUACAUGCGAACCCCAGAAUCAGUGCCAAGAUUCGGAACUUCACGUUGGGUGGUGCGACGCGGGACGUUGGGAAGGGCUGCUCCCUUCUAAUCACCACCGACGACACAAUCGUGCUGCGGCUCCUGCCGCUUCUUCCCCAUCUCGAGUCAAUUGAACUUCGCACCUUCGCAUACGGCCAACCUCAGCAAUCCGUCCCGCCGCCGUCGCCUCAACGCGACACUCCCGGACCAUUCCACCUUCGUCAUCUCUCAUUCGGCUCAGGAUACUACGGCUGCCCCCCUCGUAGCUCUUCAGUCUCCGGCUUAUUCCGCAUCCUGUCUUUGUUUACCAUCGACCAUUUGCAUGGAGAAUCUAGGGAAUGUCAUCUCGACCUCGGCACUCCACUCGAUCAAUCCUACCUCUACCGUCCCUUGCAGCUCAAGUACCCUUUGUUACGGGGAUACGGUUCGGCCAACAGCAAGCAUGCGCUCAUGAUCCUGAACUCAUUCACGGAGAGCAUCGAACCGGGAUAUUUGGAACGCGUCGAGAUCGACUGUCGCGCUGUCUCUGAGGUGUCGGCCAUACGCAAGCUCCUUGCCCGAAAUGGGAAUAGUUUGAAGAGCCUGAAGGUUGACGGGGCGCCACGUGGUAUUGCAUGCCGGUCUGGAAAGACCCCAUGAUCAGACAUUGGCAAAGCCUUAAACUAGCCUCGUGUCCGAAGCUCGACUCUAUCAGGAUCAAUAUCUACUUACGUGCACGGCCAACGGACGACGACUCGGACGAGACAGAGGCUACGAACGUCCCGGCACUCAGCUUGCCCGGGGCUGGUAUGCUUUUCCAGGCCUCCAGUGCCUUACGCUCGAUUUACAUCUAUGUGCACGAUCUGCCUCGCGUGACGACACUGAACGACAGGCGGCUGCUUCGGUUGCAAGAGUUCGACAAGGUCAUCACGCCUGACACGUUUCCGCUCCUGCUGAGGGUAUUCUUGAGGAUCAGACCCGACGGGGACUUGUGGCGACAGCCUGACUACAAGUGGCGGAAAGUCGUGGUCGGGACGCGGCGCGCAUUGCCAAAUCUCCACUCGCGAGGAAUGUUGAGAGUGUAAAAUUUUGAGGUGCACCAGCUUUACUACGGAUGAUGCCUUGGGACACCAAUGCUGCUUUACCUGAUUAUACUGUACAAUCGUAUCCCCGAUUUUAUUUGCUUUGCC